AGCACAAGGUAACACUAACAGAACCCUUAGGUUUGAUUGUGUUAUGCUGCAACUCGUGGUUAUCAGGAUUCAGAGAGGUCUACAGCCCUGGGAGUGAUACUCACCAAAGAUGUAUAUGUAAUGGAAGAAGAGCAACAACAAACCUGGAAGUGAUUUCACGAAGUGUUUGGUUUGUUUUUAGUUGGAUUUUUUUUUUCAAAAUUUCCGAAUCAUCUGUAAACCACAAACUGAUCUGACAGAAAUCGUGGAACAUACUGCCUGACACGAGUGCCGUCGUGAUAAUGGAUCUCCUUGUUCAGAAUUGGAUAUGAGACACGGUUCAAUCUCCUGAAUCUGUUUCUACCUGCUGAAACUCUCAUCCACCUUGAAAAAGUACAAUGUCUGCCUCCAUACCAGCAUGCUCAACAACCUACUCUCAUGGUAUAGCAAGUGGUAAUGAUCACACAAGUACAAACUACUGUUCAGACAACUUUCAGACCUUCAGCUGCAAAAACAUCUUUGAAGAGGAUGCUCACCCACAAAAACCUCAGAGAAUCUCCAACAUGAAUAGCUUCUCUUACCCAAAUGACCCUCAGCCCUGCCAGGGUGACAGCCAAUCAAUCUUUGACAGCCAAAAUAUUGUCCACCCUAACAUUCACCACAUCCAGGAAGCAACUGUUCCCAGUGCAACCACUGCAAGGUCCCAAGCAGCGUUGCCCACCCAUACUGCACAAGCACCUCACAGAGGAAUCUCAGGAUACAUGGGGCACAUCCAGUCCAACACAGUCGAAGCUCACUUCACCCACAGGUCCUAUGUGCCUGCUCCCUCGCUACCACCAAUAUUGGAACAGCACCAUCAGAUGCUUCCACAGCAGAACCAGCUCCAAGUCAUGCAUGACGGUGACAGUAGUAACAGGAGGUACAUUAAACACCAGACAACGAACAAAAUGUCCCAAGCUUCAGCAGCAAGCUGUACACCACCUAACCUUAUGUCUCAAGACACAUUUCAAACACUAUGGGAUUCACUUGGGGAAAUCAACGAAAAUGGGGGAUAUACACAGGUUGUGUCACGUGACAUGAAUUUCCAUUUUGUCAACGACGAUGAGGAGGAGAACAUAGCCUCAAUUCAAAUUGAUCGUUAUCAUCUUUAUCCAGGAAAGCCAGGCAUGGGUUCCCCAUCCAACAGCAUUACAGACAUUCUGAAUCCAAUCAUACCUCACACGUCUGCUUCUGGCAUGAGCCCAGAUUCACAGACAAACAUCAUUGGCAGCUCUUCUUCCAGUCCCUAUAAUGAUGGUGCUAUUACUUCCCCUCCACCAUACUCACCUCACACAAGUGUCACCUCACCGAUUCCUUCCGUCCCAUCCAGCAAUGAUUAUGCAGGAGAUUAUGGUUUUGAAAUCUCUUUUGCACCACCAUCAAAAGAGACAAAGUCGACAACAUGGACAUAUUCAGAGAUGCUCAAGAAGUUGUACGUACGAAUGGCAACAACAUGCCCUGUAAGGUUUCGAACUUUGCGCCCAGCAUCAUCACAGUGCAUCAUACGUGCCAUGGCGAUUUUCAUGAAACCAGAACAUGUUCAAGAGGUUGUCAAAAGGUGUCCCAACCAUGCCACAACACGAGAACACAAUGAAAACCACCCGGCCCCAACACACCUUGUCAGAUGUGAACACAAGAUUGCAAAAUAUGUGGAAGAUCCAUAUACCCAGCGGCAAUCUGUCAUCAUUCCAUAUGAGACUCCACAAGCUGGCUCUGAAUGGGUCACAAAUCUCUUCCAGUUCAUGUGCCUGGGUUCUUGUGUGGGUGGCCCUAACCGUCGGCCCAUUCAGAUUGUGUUUACUCUGGAGUGUGACAAUCAAGUGUUGGGUCGACGGGCUGUGGAGGUUCGAAUCUGUGCCUGUCCAGGGCGGGAUCGGAAGGCUGAUGAAAGAGCUGCACAGCCAGUAUCAAAACAAUUGGUGAAAAAAGGCAUGUCCAAAAUUUCCAUCGAAACAUCCAUUGGCGCCGUUGGGACAGGCAAGAAGCGUAAGCAUGAGGAGAUUUAUACUCUGACAGUCUGCGGCCGUGAAAACUAUGAAGUUUUAAGAAAAAUUCGGGAUUCACUGGAACUUUCUGCUCGGGUCCCACAAGAGACAUUGGAGUCCUACAAGCAGCAGCAGCUGGAGAUGCAGCAACGGGUUGGUUCCACACCACAGCUGAUAUCCAUUCCUUCUUGUGAUGGCCCCUCUUCAGCCAGUGGCAGUUGUACUAUAGACAUGGUAGACCCCACACGUCAAUCCACUCUGCCAUUUGAUGCUGACGUCAGCAGCUCCCAGCUGACACUAGAUGUGGUAGCAAACAGUAAUACUGGUGAUGUGGCUGUCAUCAAAAAUGAAAAUGCUGGACUGCAAGACCAUGUGCAGGACCACACCAUUGCCAGUUGGCUGGCCAGGAUGGGACUAUCAGCAUACAUUGAUAACUUUCAUCAAAAGGGUUUGAGCAACCUCUUCCAGCUUGAUGAUUUCAACAUGGAUGAUCUGUCCCAGAUGAAAAUUGGCAUAGCACACCGUAACAAGAUCUGGAGGGCUCUUGUUGAGUGGCGUGAAAGCAUAAGCAAUGCUGUGACAGAUGCUUCACAGCUGCUGCAACACUCCAUCAGCUCUGCCUCCACCGAUACCCUUCUUGCAUCUCAAGGCACCAUCUCUCAGCAAAGCUCCUUCUGCCCUGGCUACUUUGAGGUGACACGUUACACCUUCAAGCAGACCAUCUCUCUAUCAAGUUCAAACAUAGAUGGUCACCCUCUUCUCAAAAAGAACUCUAGUAACUGCAGCAAGUGAAAUGGCAUGAGUCACCAUCCACUGGACUUGCUUGGUGCUAAUCCCUACAGCUGCUAUCUGCUGAAGUGUGCGAGAUGGGAACUCUAUUUUGGCCAUCUCUUGAUUUGCUUUAUUAAGCCCAAAGACAGAGUAUUGUUGUGUCCCAGAGUUUACUGCCCUCACUGCCUGCCUGAUAACCACUGCAAUGAAAAGCCAUCUAACAUCGGUGGUGCUCUGUACAGAAAGAAGAAAUCUAACUGAAGGGUAGCACUUUCAAAGCUUGAUUAGGCCCAUUUCUUUAGAGAAUAUCUUCAACUGCCUUUCUUAGUGACAUUGGCUAAAGACCUGCUGAUUUUUCUGAUGUUAAGAUUUUUGUUAAACUUGCCUCUUUGGACUUGAAGGAUGAUUAGCCAGAGGCAGCUUGUUUAAAUCUUGAUUUAACGAAGCCUCCUGCUAAUGUUUAAUGUACUUGCACAUUUAUUGUUGUCACCCAUCAUAAAUUGCAUGUAUAUAUGUAUAAUGUAUGUUUAUAUCUUUACAAAUCAGAAAUUUCCAUCCAGAUAUACUGGUAAGCUAAACUGUGAAUGUAAAGGGCUGUUAAGGAUUGCUACAUCCUACAUGAAAAUUUUUUCUCCAAGGAAAGAAUUUAUUUUUUCUUAAGUCGACUGUGGCAUCAAAAGCUUAAGACCUUAUACCUAUAGAAUUUCCUCAGGGUUUGUGGUAAUCUUUCUCUUUUGUGCAUCACAAAUGGAGUAUUAAAAACCUUGUUCCUGGGGUACUGUGAAUCGGAUUUGAGGAAACAUUGGCGCUGCUAGGGAAGCUUCAGUCAACUUUCACAAAUGCAUUGUUCUUCCCCCCAGAAAUGACAUACAUUUAGCUCUUGGCUAGCUGAAAAAUAGGUAUUUUGUUAUUUUUUAUUUUAAAAUGAAAAAGAACAUCUUUGUUCACAACACUUGCAUUUACUUUCUAUGACUUUAUGGAGGGUUUUUUUUUGUACAUAGCUUUUGGUCACCAAAUUAUGUAUCUCCAUAGAUACAAAUCAGAUGCAUAUUUUUUUAUAGUGAUGUAAUAUUUUUUAUCUUGAAACUUGCGAUCAUUUGAAAAAUAUCAAUGUAUCGUUAUUACUAAUGCGUCAACCCUGCCGUCCUGAACUAGAAAAUAUAUUGGGCACCAACAACUUGCAGGAUUGAUGCGUUCUUGUAAACAUUUUCCUGCAGUAAUGUGGUUAUUGGAGUUUCUAUUUAAUUAGUAGGAAGAAAAUAGCCAUUUGCCUGUGGUGGAGCAAAUUAAAAAAUUUUACAAAUUGUAUAAUAUAAAGAGUAUUACAAAAACAAAGGGUCAUCUAACAUAGCGGUCAUAAGAGCAUUGAUUUUUGAAUGGUUUGGUUCACUGUGCUUAGAGCAUGUCACAAAAGGCAGAAUCCAACCCUUUUCCUCUGUUGCCUUUUGUCUUUUCAGAUGAAUUGGGUAUCCAUAAACUGGGAAGAAAAAAAUGUUCCAUUUACAGGCCUGCUUAAGAUUUGACCCAGAAAUUUGCUUUAAAGUCAAGCCCACUAACCAGUAGGCUAAUAUGAAAGCUUAGAAAAAACAGAAGGAUCAUAAUAGAAAAAUACUUUGUGUGACACUGGAUGUGAAACAGAAGGAUUCCAAUCAUCUUGUGAGAAAGAAAUGUUACCUGGCUUUAGACAUAAUCUUUAAACUACUUUCUAAGGGGUCAGGCAAAGGAUGGUGAUAAAUGUGUUGCCAAGAUGUCCAAAUUGAGCUUUUAUUAUUAUUAUGAUUAUUAUUUUUGUUUUAAUGGCUAUAAUUGACUGGUCAGCCUAGAGAAGGAAGUGCCUUCAGUCAAAGCAACUGCAUAAAAUUUUUUUUCCAAGAGUUUCAAGAAGUCAUUUGUGCCACCACUUCGAUCGAAAUUUAAUUCUUCUAAAUCAUUUGUGAGGUUAUACUCAAAACAUGUCUGUGGUUAAUAGUCAGGAAAGUGCGUUCUUGUCUUUAAUCCUGUCAUUCCGUCCACCCAUAGACAUUAAUAUUCAAAGAGACUAAAUGAUUUCAUGAUUUUGAUCACAUUUAGCAUGAUCAACAUUGCUUUUAGCAACACUGCACGCCUUCAGUGAUCAAGAGACCUGCAUGUUCCCACAGCAAAUUGUGUUCAAAGGUUUCUGAAAGUGCUCUCUGUUUUGAAAAGUGUAUUCAAGAAUUUCAGAUAUAUUUGUUGUUGUUGAGUGCAUUUCUAGAUAUAUAUAUAUUGGCUAUGUAAGUUUGGUUGCAUUGUGACUGUUGUUCAUGAAAGGAAUAUUUAUGAAAAAAAUUAUAAGACAAAAAGGUUUAUUUGUGUUAAUAAUUGUUGAGUGUUUGAUUUCUUUUAUCUGCAACUAUACUUUCAUGCAACCUGUUUUAAUUGUCAAAAUGAAUUUAUCAAAAUAAUGAAGAGAGGUUAAAGCCAUUUAAUUCUCAGACAAAAUGCUUCAGGCAGAUGUAAACAGUUUCAGCAUUUCCUUUGCUGUGUUCUAUCAUCUCAGUCUGCUAAAGUUCUAGCACUUUUUCUUGGCUGGUUUCAUGUGGGCAGUUCUUUGCCUGCUUUGCAUUUAAUGCUAGAGUUUACUUUUGAGAACCUAUGAUGUAGUGAACACUGCUUGUUGAUUUGCCCGGUUUUUUUCCUGCUGCUGCUGUCCUUUGUUUUAAACCACCAUCCACUUUAGAAUAAGAUGAAUCAUGGGAAACAUUUCCUUCCACCAGCAUUCCCAAAUGCAAGUGCAACAUUUUUUUGGUUUUGGUAUCAUCCAGAAGGCCACCAUUUUGGUGAAUCACAUGACUGGUCGCGUAUUGAUGCUCACUUGAUAUUUUGUUAUUUGCAUGCUAGGAUUGUGAGCAUUUUCCUUGUCACUUGCCUACCCUCGUUGCAUUUAUAUCCCUUACUGUUCUGAGUUCUGUGUGCCAUUGGUUAAAUGUAUAAUUUUUAUAAGAUGCGACUGUCACAUUCUCUCUUAUACACAAGAGGUCAACAUGUUAUGCCUUUUUUGUGAGGGAUGGGGUGCAUGUCAUGGAGUAUGUGUAGUUUUUUCCCAACCACCACUUUGAGCUUCAUUUGAUUAACACCUAAUUAGAUAACCCAACAGGUUCGGAAACUCUAACGUCUUCUCUACCCUCACCACCUAUGAUUUUGUUUUAAUUGCAGUACUUUUGAAUGUUUCUGAAUGAUGCUUCUGUUGAUAUCUCUCCUGAAACAACUUUUGACAAAUCUCACUUUGUUAAAAAGCCACUUUGUCAUGACAACUCACUUUUCUUCAUGAUGUUGAGAUUUUGUGAUUUUUAGGUGUAUAUCUGUGUGUGUUGAUCAUACUAUAUUUGGUUAAAGAGUGUUCUAAGUGUUGUGCAUGAAGUGAUGUUUGGGUAGAAACUUGAAAUUCUCAUUUUCUUGACCCUCUUUGAAAUCCCUUUUCACAGAUUAUUGGAGAGACAGAGAGCAUGAGCAAAGCACAGGAAAAUGCUUUUCGGCAUCCAAAACUGUGUGAUUUUUGCAUAUUUGCAAAUAAAUAGGUCUAAGGCAAUUUUUAUACCAGGUUUCUGGUCACCUCUCUCCUGACACUGCACAUAGAUUUCCAAGGACGAAGACAUCCUGUGGUAACUUUUUAUGUUAUGACAUUUGUGUGCACUUUUCCAUGUAAGAAAGAAAGAUGAUAAUGUUGAACUCAGCGGUGCAGCAUUUUGAUGUGUUAGCACUCUCUGCAGUAACUUUGGGCAACAUAAAUCUUUGUGAGCCCUACAAAUUUUGUGUUCUUAGUUUUGCCUAUAAUAUAUAAGGCAGAUGUACAUAAUAAUAGCACUCAAUUUCAGAUUAAAUGCAUAACCAGGAAUGCUAUAUGUGUGAAUUUAAUGUGUUCGUUUUUUGCUUCCUGUGCACCACCAUCUUCAGUCCUUGUCCCAUGCAGAUUAAUUAAUUUGUAGGACCAAUGAUUUUAAGAUUGACAACUUUUGGAAGGCAGUACAAAUACCCUUUUUCACAUAGAUUUUGCACAGUAUUAGAUGUUUUUUGUUUUUUUGUUGUUGUUUUUUUUUUUAAACUUAAGCACCUCCUGUGCGUUAAUGAUGCAUAUGUCUCCCAAAUGAUUUUAGCCUUUAGAUAAUUUGAAAUUUGUGGGAACUGUAACCUCCUUUUCCUUACAGGCACUGGAAUAAAUUGAUUGGUAUGUUAUAAUUUAAAUCACAUGCUUCAGAUUUGUGUACUUUUUAUGUACUAGUGAUUUAAUUUUUAUGUUGGGAAGGGCCUUUAUUUUAAGGGUGCACUUUGCUUUCUGUAAACCUGGGGUGCCCAACCUACGGCACGCUAUUUUAGCCAGACACAGCAUAAUUUCAUUUUAAAUAUCAUAAUUCUGGCAAAACCACCAUGUUCUGGCCCACGAAACUUUAUAUCAAGUCCAGUCUGGCCCUCGAGCAAGAAAAAGUUGGGCACCCCUGUUGUAAACCAUUCGUUUCAACAGGUUUUUACACACUCUUCCUAUGCAAAAUAGCUACUUUUGAAGAAUUUGUUGACUAGUAUGCCGACAGUUUAACUGCAUCAAUUUAGCAGUUAAAAUAAAUCUAGACUAGGUGUUCCCUGUUACUUGCAGCAGAAAAGAUUGACUUGGGUUCUAUGGGAUGUAUGGAAUGAUCUGUUUAAAGUUUUCCAUAUUCAUGUGGUUUACUGAUUGCUUGUGGAGCUUCGAUUCAGUUUCUUUCAUCUUUCAGCCAUAUAGAAACAAUUUUGAAUCUCUUGAAUACAAGCAAAAACCCAAUUUAAUGACAUGCAUAUAAGUUUUGAGGAUGCAUGUCAGCAUUAUGUCUUGACAGAUUGCCAAAUGCUUGAGACACGUGCAGAACAUCCCUGUCUUGAUAUGGCAUAUCUUAUGUGUGCAGUGCCAUGUUAAUUUGUUUCUUUUGGGAACGGGGAAGUAGUUAUUUAAUAGUACUUUUUUAUCUACCCACAAAUGCAACUGAGACUGUAUGUUUGGGUAAGAGCACUGAUGGCUAAGAAGAAAGCAUUUUGUGAAUAAAUGUAGCAGAAGACAGUUAUCAUGCAUAACACUCUUAUGCAUUGUCAUUAGGUAUAGAGGGUUAGAUAAUAAUUAUCAGAAACAUCUCACUGAGAUUUUUUAGCAGGAGAUGUCUUGUCUUCCUUGGCGUCUUGACAUUUUGUAUCAGAAGCACAGUUAUUAGAAGAAAAAAAAUCUGCUGCUGUUCUUGGUGCUCUGAAAGAGCAUCUGCUCAAAGACAUUUUUCUUUGUUUGCUGACAAGAUUUUUCUGUGUUCCAAUGUGCACUGCCAACUAUAAAGCAACUAUGUGGCACAUCUGCCACACUCGCAAAGGUCACAGGUUGCUUCUUUCCAUUGCAUAAGUAUCAAAACAGUUGUCUGUGCCACAAAUGGUCCACAUUCUGUGCAUUUAUGUUGUACACAACAGUGGAGGCAGCUGUGUUUUACAGUCUUAGAGCCCCACUUUUGAUUUUUUUCCGAUCUUUAGUUAUAGAAAAAAAAAUGCCUCAGGUGUUUGCUUUUAGUUGUUUUGUUGGUUUUUUUUCUAUUUCAGUUUUGUGCGAUAUGCUUAUUUUCAUUGUAUUUCUUUUCUUCACCAUAUGCUUUUGCUUUUGGACGUAGUAGUUCCCUUAAGUCGUGUUGCUUUAUUGCAUGGAACGUAUUUUCCUUAUCUUAUAAUUUUAGUUUGUUAGCCAAGCUGUUAGAACUGCAGUAUAACAAAGGAAUGAAGCCGGGUUUAUACAUGUGUGUAUAUAUAUUUGCAUGUAUAAUCUACUCGCCCCUUUUUUUUUUUUUUUACCGUUGUGAAGGGGUGCCAGUUUUUGCAGCUUCAGAAAGUCUUUUUCUUUGCAUACUAAAAGGCUUUAAAAUAACAGUACAACAUGCCAAGUAGGUGGGGCCAUCAUUGUUAUUGCUAGAAUACUCUUCUGCAAACUGAAGGGGAGGUAGGGGGGAAAUGAUGCAAGUAUUAUGGUAACAUUAUCUUUUUUGUUUGUUUGUUUGUUUGUUUGUUUGUUUGUUUGUUUGUUUUCUCUUCAUUGUCAUCAUUCCAGAAAUCUUUGUGUUCACUGACCAGUGCACACACUGUGUCGUUUCAUUGCUUAUAGCAAUGAAAGAGCUGUGUUCAUUCCUGUGGGCAGAAGCCACCAGUCUGCCCGUUCUUUUGUUUUGUACAGAAACUUGUACAGAUUUAUGCACACACUGAAGGACCAUGUGCUGGUAGCAAACCUACAGGUGAACUGCACAAGGAAAUUUUUUUUUAAGGAGAGGUCCACCUGUGUGUAUUUUGCUUGCAUUUUUUUAACUUUGUAUGCCUUGUGUAGAAUAAAACUUGAAAAAGUGUCUAAAAUGUA